UUUAAACCUUUAGCCCCUGUCAUCCAAGUAGGCGCAAACCAAAAAUUGGCUAGGUACCGGUAGCUAUGGCGAGCCCAGAAGAAGCAAAGCUCGAAACUUUCAUGCAGUGGCUACAGGCAAAUGGGGUGGAGCUACGAGGUUGCAAGAUCAAGUGGUGUGAUUCCAAACGAGGGUUUGGCAUCUUUUUUGAAAAAGAUGUUUCUGAUGGGGUUAUGUUGGUUGUUCCACUAGAUUUAGCCAUUACUCCAAUGAGGGUGUUGCAAGAUCCUCUUCUAGGACCAGCAUGUAGAGCAAUGUUUGAAGAAGGAGAUGUGGAUGACAGGUUACUAAUGAUAUUGUUAUUGACUGUGGAGCGGUUGCGUAAGAAUUCUCUAUGGAAGCCGUACCUCGAUAUGCUUCCAACCACUUUUGGGAAUCCACUUUGGUUUAGUGAUGAUGAACUUCAAGAACUGAGAGGAACAACACUAUAUCGUGCGACUGACUUGCAGAAGAAAAGCCUGCUUUCUCUGUAUGAAACUAAAGUGAAGGAUAUAGUGAAGAAACUUUUGACUCUUGAUGGAAAUUCAGAGAUGUAUGGUGAGGUGUGCUUUGAAGAUUUCCUUUGGGCGAAUUCAGUAUUUUGGACCCGUGCUUUAAACAUUCCAAUGCCUCGAUCUUAUGUAUUUCCAGAAAUGCAAGAUGAUCAUGACAGUUGCAUUCCUGAAGCUGAUGAAAAAAGAAACCAGGUUAAAAAAUCUAACAGUCUGACCACGAAAGUGGCAUGUAACAGUUGCACAGUGACAGGAGAAACUGUUUGGGUGGAGGGUCUUGUCCCUGGCAUUGACUUUUGUAACCAUGAUCUAAAGCCGAUAGCAACGUGGGAAGUUGAUGGAACUGGUUUAGCAACAGGAGUUCCUUUCUCCAUGUAUCUUAUUUUGGCUGCUCAAAGUGACUUGCGAAAUGACCAAGAAAUUUCUAUUAGUUAUGGAAAUAAGGGAAAUGAGGAACUUCUGUAUUUGUAUGGUUUUGUCAUUGAUGAGAACAUAGAUGACUAUGUCAUGGUCCACUAUCCAGCAGAAGCAAUGAAUACUAUUUCCCUUUCAGAGUCCAAAGGACAGCUUCUCGAAGUGCAGAAUGCUGAAAUGAGAUGUCUUUUACACAAAACGUUUCUGGAUAAUGGGUUUUUUCCGCUAGGGACCCAAAUCAGUGGAGAAGAUAACAAGGGAAAAGCUGAACAAGUUUGCAACUAUAGUUGGAGUGGUCAGCGCAAGAUGCCAUCUUAUGCAAACAAGCUAGUGUUUCCUGAGAAAUUUAUGACUACUUUGAGGACCAUAGCCAUGCAAGAAGAAGAGCUUUACAAGGUUUCAUCAAUGCUGGAAGAGAUUCUUGCGUUUUGGGUUCUCGAGGUGGUUGCGAUGGCAGUGGCAACCUGUUUUGCUCUGAGUGGUGCAGCCAUGGAGGUUGCGAAAGUUGGCUGUGGAGUCCUUCGUGGACUUGGCUUGGGCUAGGGUGUGUUUAGAACUGGACUGGGCUAAUUGGGCUGUAAGACCCUUGAGGGGCAGAUUUGAAAUCGCAAUUGUAGAGACUAAAAAAUAAUAAUAAUAAUAAGACAGAGAAUUCAAAAUAAUAAAAACUUAUGUCUCUAAAAUUAAAAUAAUGGGAAAUAAAAUUAUUUAAUUAACAUUUGAUGAAAUUGGAAAUAAAAAUUAAUUGGGUUUAAAGAGGAAAAUAAUGAGGUUACAAUCAUUAAUUAGAAUAUUAAAUGAUUUACUAAUUUUGGUUAAUAAAAGAGGAAAAUAAUGAGGUUACAAUCAUUAAUUUGAUUAAUAAAUGAUUCAUUAUUUUUGGUUUGUUAUUAAAUAGUAUUUAUUUAUUUAAUUUAUAUUUUAUAACCUAUUGUUGGAGUGGACCCAUGAGGGUUUCAUGUUGAGCACAUUGCAUUUUUGGAUUAGACUUGAGAUAAUGAUGAAUGAAUAAUGUUCAGCAGGGGAUAAGAAUAUCAGGCUAGACGUUUGAUUGAUGUUGAAACAUGAGUAAGUGUUGGGUGCACCUGAGUGAGAGGUUGAUGAGCAUAAGAGUGGGGUAGGUCUAUUUGUUGUACCUAGUAAAUCUUGAGAUUAUCGAUCAUCUGAUACGAGAUAGCGACUCCCUUUGGCCUUGUGUGCGAAAAGGGGGUGCUCGGGUAUUGAGUCUUCUUUGUAUGGGGGUGAUGGUGUUUGCCUUGUCCUUGUGUGGCAGGAAACAUGUUCCUUAGUUAGGAUGGUGGGACUACUCGAGCAAACCUGUAAGGGAGGCUAUAGGGGGCCUGUAGGGGAGGCUACAAGUUUGUGAGGUAGGGUACAAGAGUGUGACUGAUUCUUUUCACUAUGGAGUUUUUGGUAUUGUGGAGGCUCAUGGUGUCAUUCAUGAUGAGGUUAUUUCUGAUGGAAGUACAUGUGUUGAUGAUUCGUGAUCAUGAUGUGUUUGGAGACAGUAUUGAUAAGGAUAACCUUGAUGGUAUAGUUAUGAUAUGAAUGAUGAGGAUGUUGAUGAUAAUAAUGGUGUAGAAAUGAUUUUGUUAGUAGGAUAGCACUGGAGAUGAUUGAUUUGUUAUUAAGUUGUGCUUGUUUCCUAUGUACAAAUUUUAUUGUUAUUGUGUUAUGGUAACUUACCUAUAUUUGUUGGUUAUACGGGAGCAGGAGAUGUUACAUAUGCUCCAAAUGCAUGAUAGAGACGCGAGAGUGGGAAAAAGACUUGUUAUUUAAAGUUUUGUGCUAUAAAUUUUAGAAACAAUGUAAAUGGGUUUACUUUAUUUCGUUUUUAUUUUAUUAAUUUCGGUAUUAUAUAAUUGGAUUUCCGCAGUGGUAUUUAUGAUUUUAAAAUUUUUAAUUGGGAUGUUAUAUAAUACAAUUGGGAUGUUACAUAAUACAAUUCACUUCCAAGCUCCAAUACAAUUUUUACAUGUUUCAUUAAUUGUUUAUAAUUUUCAUUACUAACUUUCUGUAUUUUGCUUUUAUUUAUUUUGGAAUUCACGUACUCAAUUAUAUAACCAUUCUUAGUUCUGGUGAAUUAAAAGAUCAAUUACCAGUUCUUCAUACCUUUUUCUUCUACUGUUGGCCGAUUUUGUGUUAAAAUGAGAUUAAUUUAUUACUUACAUUUAGCUAGAAGCCUAGAACCCGAAGGCAAGUGAUAAGCAUUAUUGUUUGAUUUCAUGCUUUCUA